CCAAAAAUGGCAGCGUUGAAAGAUGUUGUUCCAGUAUACAAAAAUUUAAAAGAAGAAUGGGCAGCAUCACCAUGCAAUUUAAAAAAGUGUGGUGAAUUGCUCAAUCAAUUGAAGGUUGGUCUUACACAUUUGAUGUUUCUUCCAACAUCUAAUAGCACAGCAAGUCAAAAUGAAUUGCUUAUAGCUCGUGAUAUUUUAGAAAUUGGUGCACAAUGGAGUAUAGUAACUGAAGAUAUACCUUCUUUUGAACGUUAUAUGGCACAAUUAAAAUGUUAUUAUUUUGAUUAUAAAUCAGGAUUAAUGGAAUCUGCAUAUAAAUAUCACCUUCUUGGGUUAAAUCUUUUAUUCUUAUUAUCUCAAAAUCGUGUGGCUGAAUUUCAUACAGAAUUAGAACUACUACCUUCUGAUCAAAUACAAUCCAAUGUUUAUAUUAGACAUCCUUUAAGCUUAGAACAAUAUUUAAUGGAAGGUUCAUACAACAAAAUAUUUUUAGCAAAAGGUAAUGUACCAGCAGCAUCAUAUAAUUUUUUCAUUGAUAUUUUAUUAAACACUGUUCGGGAUGAAAUUGGAGCAUGUAUGGAGAGUGCAUAUGAUAAGAUUUCUAUUCAAGAUGCUUCAAGAAUGCUGAAUUUAAAUUCAGAGGAAGAUAUGAAAGUAUUUGCAGUGAAAAAGAACUGGAAUUUAGCAAAAGAUGGUUAUUUUUAUUUUAAUACAACAAGUGAAAAGAAAACUGAAGAACCAAUUCCCAGUGCAGACUUGGCUACAUUAGCAAUUGAUUAUGCAAGAGAGCUUGAAAUGAUUGUUUAACCAUAUGUAUUUUUCUGUUUUUUAUAAAUAAAUAAAGUUUGUCAUAUAAUUA